UUAGACAGUAAACUUCAGACACUCGUCGCGAUCAGACACACGAAAUAUUUCGGGAAGAAAAACGAGAAAAAUACAAAAAAAAAUAUAUACAAAAAAUUAAUUGAAUUUGCAUAAACAUUUCUGCUUCUUUUCAACAAGUAAAAGUAUUUUAGAAGAAAAGUUCUUUUUACGGUGCGGGUUCAACCGUUGAUUAAAAUUUGAUUGCCUUCUUUGGUAAUUUAAUGUGCUGUGACAAAUAAGAUAUAAUUUGUUGUUUAAUCAAUUUAUUGAGGUACAGAAGUUUUUGUUAAACAAAAGUCAACAAUAUACAGGAAAAAUGACUCUUAAGCUAUUCAUAUUUCUGACGACAUACGUUCUGCUAGUUUAUGGAAAUGACGUCGAACAAAAAGAUAAUUCCGAAUCAUACAUAACAAAAGAAGCUGCCAAAGAAUUAAGAAGUAAACUACGAGCUCGUGACGAUCAACGUGAAAAAGACUACGAUGACAUCCUUACAAGAAUCAUUAUGAGCGUGCAACAAUCACAUGAAGACAAUUACAACCAAGCUCUAUUCGAGAAAAAGUACUUCGAUUAUCUUCCAAAUGAAUUAGAUUCGGAAGACAUAAGCGAUGACGAUUCACCUUAUGAAUUAGUUAAGUCUGUCGAUACUGUAAUGUCUGAAGAAAGUGACAAGAAUGCAAGACGUGUAAAUAGCCGAAAAUUCAAGAGAGAUGUUACAAGUGGUGGGAAAAGUCAAGAUCGUGUCAAGAGACAAAGUAUUUAUUAUGUUCCCGUUCCUUUAAUUCACUAUUCACCUUAUCCUAACAUUGACUAUUUUUACCCUCAAACCAUCCCAGACUAUCCUGCUGCUUCUUCCAUUCAAAAUCGCUUUAUUCCUGAUAAUGUCCUUAAACGUAAUGCAAAUUUAAAUCCUUGGCAUCCACAAGCGAAUACUGGCAAAUUUCACACGCCUUACAACUUCUAUUUGCCUUCAAAACCAGGCAACAACAACCCAAAUCCACCACAUAAUCCCUCGGUAAAUCCUAACGAGAUAAUUGAUCGUGUUGCAGGAUUUGAAGAAGAUGACACUUCUGACAGAAUUUGGUCCACUUUCCCAAGUUACAGUGGUGGUGGUUCGGGAUUUAAUAGCAUUCAAAACUACAAUCCUUGGCAACCUCAACCACCAAGAAGGCCACCUGUAACCACAAAACGUCCAUACGUUGAUCAAAAUUCAAUCGAAGGUAACGUCAAUCCCGAGGAGAAUGUGGAACUUGAAAUUGAAUUGCCCCCGGAGAUCUUUGAUAACGGUCCAGCAACAACACGAGCGCCAUUAAAAAUACCGAAAAUUAAUAAAACUCAUAAUCCAAACCGAAAUCGAGGUCAGAACAGGAAACCAGAAGUUCCAAUAUCAUCAGAAGCGCAGACACCAUCGAAUUCAAACGGUCGUAGUGCAAACAAUCAAAGUCAAACGCAAACAAUUCCAGUUUGCGUAUUAGCUAUUGUGAACUGUUGCUCACGUUACGAUGAUAUCGUUCGCAUACCGUGCUUCGAGAAACACAAUUGCAAUGGUUCGUUUCUCGGAAAAAAUUCAUGUUCGCCAACUCUUCAAUCUGCGGCUCUUCGUGAAGUUGAAAAGUACUCACGGUGACUUCAAAUUUAUUUAUACUGAAUGAUUGAAUUAUUCAAUCAAUUGAAUUGAUUUCGCUUUUAUGUAAAUUGAAACCAUAUCUCAUUUUUUUUAUAAAAAAAUAAACAUUUGCUUUGAAAUGAGUGCAAAUA